GAGAGCAUCAAGAGAUCUGACCCGGCGGAGAGUGUGUGUGAGUGAGAGCAUCAAGAGAUCUGACCCGGCGGAGAGUGUGUGUGAGUGCCUAGUGUGGGAGACAGUGGCGAGAGCGGAACGCACGGGCACGCACAACUUGGGAUAACUCACCUGGCUGGACAGAAACAUCUCUCUCCCUCCAUCUCGCCUAUCAUCUCUCUCCUUGCUAAGGGAUUCGAGCGGUGUAAUAGACUACUGUCCUGGCUGCGGGGAAGGUGUUAAUGUGUGCCUAUAGGAUGUAUGCAUUUGGUGGGAUGUUGUGCCGCGUGGUGUCGGUGCUAUGGCCUGUCCUUUCGGUUGUCUCGGGCUUCAACCUGCAUGCGGAGCGCCCUGCGGUGUACCGAGGACCAGAGGGGAGCUACUUUGGUUACUCCGUGGACUUCUACCGACCGACCCCCGAAAGCAGCACGUUGAGUGUGUUGGUGGGAGCGCCCAAGGCCAACACAUCCCAGCCAGGCAUCAUAGAGGGAGGAGCUGUCUACUACUGUCCCUAUCCCCUAAACCCUGACCCCACCAAGCAACCCUACAGCUGCACACAGAUACCCUUCGACAACGCCAAUAACAGGAUGAUUAAGGUUAAUGGCACCAGGGAGCCUCUGGAGUUCAAGUCUCACCAGUGGUUUGGAGCCUCAGUUAGAACUCACAAAGGCAAAGUGGUGGCCUGUGCUCCUCUCUACCACUGGCGUACUGUGAAGGUGAACGGUGAGAAGGACCCGGUAGGAACCUGCUAUGUUGCCGUGCAGAACUUCAGCGCCUACGCAGAAUACUCACCCUGUAGGACCAAUGAUCCAGACCCGGAGGGACAGGGUUUCUGCCAGGCCGGGUUCAGUGUGGACUUCACCAAGGAGGGGACUCUGGUGGUGGGUGGACCUGGCAGCUUCUACUGGCAAGGUCAGGUGAUGACUGCAGGCGUAGCAGAGAUAUUGAAUGGUUACUCUCUGAAAGCCGUGCUCAGGAGAGUCCCUGGAGAGAAACACACACACGCUGCAGCUGAUACCCAUGACGACAGCUACCUAGGUUACUCUGUGGCAGUGGGGGAAUUCACAGGAGACUCAGAGCAAGAGCUGAUAGCUGGUGUUCCGAGAGGGGCACAGAACUUUGGAUAUGUAGCUGUGAUUAACUCCACUAAUCUGACAUUCAUCAUGAACUUCACAGGAGAGCAGAUGGCUUCCUACUUUGGCUAUUCUGUGGCCGUUACUGACCUCAACGGAGAUGGGUAUGAUGAUGUACUGGUAGGAGCACCUCUCUACAUGGAGAGAGAGAGGGAGAGUAAACCCAAGGAGGUGGGCCGUGUCUACCUGUACCUCCAGCACUCCCCGCUCACCUUCUCCGAGCCCCUUCUCCUGACGGGAACACACACCUUUGGACGCUUUGGCACUGCCAUCGCCCCGCUAGGAGACCUCAACCAGGACGGAUACAACGACGUGGCGGUGGGUUGUCCGUUUGGUGGGGAGGACCGGAGUGGCCUGGUGUUAAUCUACAAUGGCCAGAGAGAACUGACGGCCCGUGGCCUAACCCUCAGCCAGGAGCUCUAUGGAGCCUGGGCCUCCAGUAGUGGCCUCUCCGGCUACGGCUUCACCCUGAGGGGGGACAGAGACCUGGACAACAACCAUUACCCUGAUCUGAUAGUGGGAGCAUUUGGUAAAGGGGAGGUGUCGGUGUACAGGGCUCGUCCUGUAGUGUCAGUGGAGGCAGAGAUGAUCCUGACUCCUAGAAUCCUGAACCCUGAUGACCGAUCCUGCCUCCUGACAGAAUCUGAUACCAUGGUGACCUGUCUAAGGGUAGAUAUUUGUGCAAAGGUGAGCGGUGUGGGGAUCCCAGAGUCUGUAGUCCUGAAUGCAGAGCUGCAACUGGAUUGGCUUAAAGGUGUGAGGGGCGGAGUUAAGAGAGUUUAUUUCCUGGAUUCCCAUCAGCCCCAGCACACAGGGGUCCUAAUGCUUGGCCACAGCCGUCCUCACUCCUGCCUGAACUAUACUGUCUACCUACGAGGGGAGGAUGAGUUUAGGGAUAAAUUGACUCCCAUCUCAUUGGCUCUGAACUACAGUUUAGCCCCUCCUUCCAACCUGGACCUCCCCCCUGUCCUCAACCGCUACAGCAGUACCUUCCUGCAGGAACAGGCAUAUAUUCUGCUGGACUGUGGGGAAGACAACGAGUGUAUUCCAGACCUCCAGCUAUCUGCAAGCAUAGACCGUACAGAGCUGGUGGUCGGGGAUGACAACCUGGUCAUGUUGACCAUAAACGCGGUUAACAAAGGAGAGGGGGCAUAUGAGACUGAGUUACACACACUCCUACCCCCUGAGGCUGAUUACAUAGGAGUGGAACGCAGGAUAGAGGCUCUAUCCAGGUUGAACUGUGAGUACAGGAUGGUGAAUGACUCCAGACUGGUGGUGUGUGACCUGGGGAACCCUAUGGUUGCAGGAACAGAAGUAUCUGUAGGUUUAAGGUUUGCUGUCCAAAGGCUGGAUGAUGCCGGUCCUCACAUUGACUUUGACCUACAGAUCCACAGUUCAAACAAAGACAGCUCCAAGAGCAACCCAGUCAGUCUGUCUCUCUCCAUCUCUGCCAGAGCUCAGCUAGACCUGAGGGGGGUGUGUCAUCCCUCUCAGGUGGUUCUUCCGUUUCCUCAUUGGGAGCCCAAAGAGAAUCCGGUCAAAGAGGAUGACGUAGGACCCCAGGUCACACACAUCUAUGAGCUCCAUAACUCAGGUCCCAGUAGUAUCCGGGAGGCGGAGCUCCAGGUGGGCUGGCCCUCUCGUUUCCGUGACGAACACCUGCUCUAUGCUCUGGAGGUUCUAACAGACGGACCAAUCAGCUGCCGUAGCAACACCAGCCUCAACCCCCUGGGCCUACAGACAUCCUCUGUCCAGGACACUCCAGAACUGUUGGGCUUUCUGAGGAACAGUAGCUCUCCUCACCGCUACAGACGAGCCACCAAUGCUGCCCAGCCCUACAGCAGCAAGACCCUGAACUGCAGUAACAUCAUUUGUCUAAGAGUUCUGUGUGUGGUCGGGCGGUUGGACCGUGGUCAGAGCGCUGUAGUCAAGAUCCGCUCCCGACUCUGGGCUCACACCUUCCUCCAGAGGCGUAACGACCCAUACCUCCUCAACUCUACCGUGUCCUUCAGAGUGACGGCCCUGCCCUACCGCCUCCAACCCUCCUCCUUACCCCAACACACCACUUCAAUGGGUACACUGGUGCUGUGGGGAACUCCUGAUGUGGCGUUUGCUAUUCCUCUGUGGGUCAUCAUCCUAGCCAUCCUACUGGGACUGCUGGUCCUGGCCAUGCUAACACUGGCCAUGUGGAAGUGUGGUUUCUUUGACCGGGCCCGGCCGCCAGCGGAUGACGUGUCAGACCGUGAGCAGCUGACCUCUGACCAAUUAGCAGACGCCUAAUAACACUUACUGGCACCAUGGAGACCAGUUCCUGAUUCGAGGAGGAUGUUUGGGAUGAGUUCCACCUCUUGAGUGAAAUGAAACUGAAAUGAGAUCUGCAGGCAGACUGCAAACUCACAGAUCAAAGGUUAUUUACCCCUUUUAAAGCUGAUCUGUCAUCAGUGAGUGGACUGCAAACUCACAAACCAAAGGCUGAAGCACCAUUAAGACUGGUGAUCAAACGGCACCAGAGAGUCUGGGAACCAUGCACACAGACGGAACUACACACAUUAACACUAUUUAAGCCAACACAAUGACUUGGAUGUAUAUGAGGCCUCAAGACAAUCUUGGACAGUAGAAUGGACUCUGGUUCUAACCCUGCUUGUAGUUGAAUAUGUUUCUAUGCACCGCUUGCCUCUGUGGGUUAGACUACUUGGGGAUCUGUAUGGUUGGAUAAUUCAGUUGGAGUUAACCAGUCUGGCGAACUUCAAAUGGAGUUACCAUCUGAUGUCAGUGACUUGGUGUUCGCCCGCUUUCACUGUUAAAUACAUUCCAUCAUUGAUCAAUCACACACAUGCGCACACACACGAAUACACACGCAUGCACACACACACACGCAAACACAGGGGGCUGUACAGUAUAUAUCUAUGGAUGGUGUAUGUGCAAUAUUGGGAUAUUCUGUGUGAUACUGAAGCUUGUUUACACUGGUAUUAUUUUAUUAGAACUUGAUGUUCAAAUUGUUUGUGUAUAUUGUUUAGUUAGUGUAUUAUUGUGUAUGUAAGUGUUUUAGUUGGUAUAUUAGUGUAUGUGUCUUCGGAAAGUAGAAGAACCCUUAACUUUUUCCACAUUUUGUCAUAUUACAGCAUUAUCCUAAAAUUCAUUAAAUCAUUAUAUUCCCUCAUCAAUCCACACACAAUACCCCAUAAUGACAAAGCAAAAACAGGUUUUUAGAAAUGUUUGCACAUUUCUUACAAAUAAAAAACAAACUAUUACAUUUACAUACAUAUUCAGACCCUUAACUCAGUCUGAGGUCCUAAGCGCUCUGAGGCAGGUUUUCAUCAAGGAUCUCUCUGUACUUUGCUCUGUUCUUUCCCUUGAAUCUGCCAAAGGUGCUUCAGCAAAGUACUGAGUAAAGGGUCUGAAUACUUAUGUAAAUGUGAUAUUUCCGUUUUUCUUUCAAAAUAAAUUCGCAAAAAUGACUAAAAAUCAGUUUUUGCUUUGUCAUUAUGGAGUAUUGUGUGUAGAUUGAUGAGGAUAAAUGUCUUUUAAUCAAUUUAAGAAUAAGGUUCUAACAUAACAAAAUGUGGAAAUAAUCAAGGGGUCUGAAUACUUUCCGAAGGCACUGUAAGUGUUAAAACAGUGCAUUGUUUAUAACGGGUCCAACUGUUUACAAAAAGAACGUGGGCCUGGGCUAUAUACACAAGGAAUUGCAUUAACAUUAGCAUUAUCCAAUGUGAGAGGUUUAGGCCUAGAUUCAAUCAGACCCAUUGUUAAUCGGCACUAGCCAACACCCCAUAACUAGCCGACAACCCCAGAAUGAUUCCAAACACAUUUAAAAAGAAAGGGCAAAUCAUUGAGUUACAUAUCAGAAAACACAACACUAAAGUAUACAACAUAAUAUUACUUCAGUACAACGCAAAAAAUGUAAUAGCCUAACAAUGUCAGGUGAUUAGGUGAUCUUCUAGGCCAAUGUAGCAGUAACCUCAAGGGCUGGAGGUGGGGCCAAGAGUACUAAUCUGGAGGGAGCUGAUGCUAUAGGCCAAUAUAGCAGUAACCUCAAGAGCUGGGGGUGGGGCCAUGAACACUAAUAGGAUAUCAUCAGAUCCCAGCUGGAAUAAAAUUAGUUGGUUGAGCCUUGAAUGGUCUACUUAAUUUUGUCUAAUUGUAGGAAAAUGAGUUGGGCCAAAGACAGGCUGAGGGAGGAUUGAUAGAUCCAAUAGAAUCCAAUCCAAUAGAAUCCUUCUGCGUGCCAACAGGGAGGCAAAGGCAAUGACAUCUAGCUGUCUAUUGGUCAGGGAAGGAUUGUUGUUUGGUACUCCAAAAAUUGCCAUUUCUGCACUAGGCUGCCACUCAAUAUCAAAUGCUUCAGAAAGGGUUUUAAAUAUAGUGGACCAGUAGUCUGCCAGACUGGGACAAGACCAGAAUAUGUGUGUCAAAUGCGCCAAGGAGCUUUUACACCUGUGACAUGUAACAUCAAUAUUUGGGGAGAAUUUGGAGAGUCUGGCCUUACUGAAAUGGAUACAUUGAUGUACCUUAAACUGUAUAAGGCUGAGCCGGGCACAAGAGGAGCUUCCAUUUACCCUAAGUAAGGCACUAUUCUAGACUUUGUCCGAGGUCAAAUCAAAUCAAAUUUUAUUUGUCACAUACACAUGGUUAGCAGAUGUUAAUGCGAGUGUAGCGAAAUGCUUGUGCUUCCAAUUCCGACAAUGCAGUAAUAACCAACAAGUAAUCUAACUAACAAUUCCAAAACUAAUAUCUUAUACACAGUGUAAGGGGAUAAAGAAUAUGUACUUUAAGAUAUGAAUGAGUGAUGGUGCAGAGCAGCAUAGGCAAGAUUUAGUAGAUGGUAUCGAGUACAGUAUAUACAUAUGAGAUGAGUAUGUAAACAAAGUGGCAUAGUUAAAGUGGCUAGUGAUACAUGUAUUACAUAAGGAUGCAGUCGAUGAUAUAGAGUACAGUAUAUACGUAUACAUAUGAGAUGAAUAAUGUAGGGUAUGUAAACCUUAUAUUAGGUAGCAUUGUUUAAAGUGGCUAGUGAUAGAUUUUACAUCCUUUCCCAUCAAUUCCCAUUAUUAAAGUGGCUGGAGUUGAGUCAGUGUGUUGGCAACAGCCACUCAAUGUUAGUGGUUGCUGUUUAACAGUCUGAUGGCAAUUUAGUUUGUCUGUGAUGUGUAUGCCGAGGAACUUAAAACUUACCCGUACCCAGUUGCACAGGGCGGGGUUGAGACCCAGGGUCUCGAGCUUGAUGACGAGCUUGGAGGGUACUAUGGUGUUAAAUGCCGAGCUGUAGUCGAUGAAUAGCAUUCUCACAUAGGUAUUCCUCUUGUCCAGAUGGGUUAGGGCAGUGUGCAGUGUGGUUGAGAUUGCUCGUCUGUGGACCUAUUUGGGCGGUAAGCAAAUUGGAGUGGGUCUAGGGUGUCAGGUAGGGUGGAGGUGAUAUGGUCCUUGACUAGUCUCUCAAAGCACUUCAUGAUGACGGAAGUGAGUGCUACGGGGCGGUAGUCGUUUAGCUCAGUUACCUUAGCUUUCUUGGGAACAGGAACCAUGGUGGCCCUCUUGAAGCAUGUGGGAACAGCAGACUGGUAUAGGGAUUGAUUGAAUAUGUCCGUAAACACACCAGCCAGCUGGUCUGCGCAUGCUCUGAGGGCGUGGCUGGGGAUGCCGUCUGGGCCUGCAGCCUUGCGAGAGUUAACACGUUUAAAUGCUUUACUCACCUCGGCUGCAGUGAAGGAGAGACCGCAUGUUUCCGUUGCAGGCCGUGUCAGUGGCACUGUAUUGUCCUCAAAGUGGGCAAAAAAGUUAUUUAGUCUGUCUGGCAGCAAGACAUCCUGGUCCGUGACUGAGCUGGAUUUCAUCUUGUAGUCCGUGAUUGACUGUAGACCCUGCCACAUACCUCUUGUGUCUGAGCCGUUGAAUUGAGAUUCUACUUUGUCUCUAUACUGACGCUUAGCUUGUUUGAUAGCCUUACGGAGGGAAUAGCUGCACUGUUUGUAUUCGGUCAUGUUACCAGUCACCUUGCGCUGAUUAAAAGCAGUGGUUCGCGCUUUCAGUUUCACGCGAAUGCUGCCAUCAAUCCACGGUUUCUGGUUAGGGAAUGUUUUAAUCGUUGCUAUGGGAACGACAUCUUCAAUGCACGUUCUAAUGAACUCGCACACCGAAUCAGCGUAUUCGUCAAUGUUGUUGCCUGACGCAAUACGAAACAUGUCCCAGUCCACGUGAUGGAAGCAGUCUUGGAGUGUGGAAUCAGCUUGGUCGGACCAGCGUUGGACAGACCUCAGCGUGGGAGCUUCUUGUUUUAGUUUCUGUCUGUAGGCAGAGAUCAGCAAAAUGGAGUCGUGGUCAGCUUUUCCGAAAGGGGGGCGGGGCAGGGCCUUAUAUGCGUCGCGGAAGUUAGAAUAACAGUGAUCCAAGGUUUUGCUAGCCCUGGUGGCGCAAUCGAUAUGCUGAUACAUUUUAGGGAGUCUUGUUUUCAGAUUAGCCUUGGUCUCUCAACCAAGUUCCUUUUUCACGCUCAGAUCGAAUUUUAUUAAGUGACGGGUUAUCAUUUGACAUGAUUAUCAGACAAAUAGAUACAUUUGGAAAUACCUAAAUACACUUGAAUGGGGUAAUUACAUUUGAUAGCGAGGUCAUCAAAAUUGGCAAAGGUGCCAUCUAUAUAAAGGUCACUAAACUUAGUAAGGCCAUUCCUCUGCCACAGACUUCAAGCUGAAUCUAGAUUGACUGGGUGGAAGAGGUGAUUAUUACAUAUAGGAUCUUGAAUAGAGAAAUCACCGAAUUUGAUGGAAAUAAGGCCAAAUUUUAAGAGUAUUGACAACAAUUGGAUAGGAUGUAUAGCGCAAAGCUGAAAGAGUAAGAUUGGAGGUGACUAAAGCUGAAAGAGUAAGAUUGGGGGUGACUAAAGCUGAAAGAGUAAGAUUGGAGGUGACUAAAGCUGAAAGAGUAAGAUUGGGGGUGACUAAAGCUGAAAGAGUAAGAUUGGGGGUGACUAAAGCUGAAAGAGUAAGAUUGGAGGUGACUAAAGCUGAAAGAGUAAGAUUGGAGGUGACUAAAGCUGAAAGAGUAAGAUUGGGGGUGACUAAAGCUGAAAGAGUAAGAUUGGAGGUGACUAAAGCUGAAAGAGUAAGAUUGGAGGUGACUAAAGCUGACAAAGAGGAAGAGAAAUAGGAGAUGACUUCUGUUUGACACCAGUCAGUUUCUGGGGUGCGAAGCCAGUAAACAGUAUUUUGUAUAUUCGCUGCCCAGUAAUAAUACAUAACAUUAGGAAGGGCUAGUGUGUUCUAUCUCUCUGGAGGAAUGCUUUACGUAUUCUUGGACUCUCACCGUUCCCCCCCCAAAAAGAUAUAAGCUUAUCCACUAAAGUGAAAAAAGGCUUGGGUAGAAAAAUAGCUGAUGUUUUGGCAGUGUCGUAGGUGUAACUGCAUUGGAGCAGUCAGAUUGUUGAGCAGCUGCUCUUGAUAACUGCCAUGAAGCCACACUAUCCCACUGGCGUUAGAAGUUCAGAACGAGAAAGUGUAAGCUAUAUAGAAAUAAUGACACUCAAAUUGAAAAUGUAACUAAAUAAUGAGACUUUCUAUCAGCCUAAUCGAGGUGAAGAUUACAUCUCACAUUCUCGUGUUCAAAUUUGUAAACAUGGCUACAUGGGAUUUCUCUUAAUGCGACGCUGUGUAGCCAAUGGUAAUGUCCUCUUUAGGUAUAAUACCAGGAGCCAAUUGUGGAUUUGGCAGCUCUAGCGCAGUUACACCUCCAAAACAACCACUAUGCAGGUGUCGGCUGAAGUGGAUCUGAUUGAAUAGAGCCAUUAGGGAGUAAGGUUCAAACUUCAUUUCAAUUUACUUCACUUCUAGUAAUUCACAGUAUGUAAAUAUGAAGGAUUUUUGUCACAAAUUUGAUUUGUGUUUUGUUUUUGUACUGAAGAAUACUGAAAGAUUAUUGAAAUAAAGUGUCCUUAAUUGCCAAGUCUA